GCCACACCAUCGGAAAGUCUAUCGCCUAUGGCUAUGUUGACUGCCCAGAGUCUGAGAAAAAGAUCACAAACAAGUGGCUGGAAGCUGGCGAUUGGCACAUCGGGGACAAGGGCGAGAGGCAUGCUGCCAAACUGCACCUCAAGGCGCCCUUCGACCCGACCAACUCCCGCGUGAAGGGCCUCUACGAGACGUCUUCGGAGCCUACCAUGGCAGGCUAUGAGAAGCCGCGGACGGCGACGGUGUCCAUGCACGCCUGA